CAGAAAAGUUAAUCAUUUCUUUAUUUUUCUUUCAAAUCCACAGCUUCCAUCCAUUUUCCAAUUCUCUACUUCCUCUCGUUCAGUACAACCAAACAUAAUAUAAAAGGUUCUAGUGAGAAGAAGAUGUGGCUAAACUUAAACCUGUGAACACAUAUCCCUAGACCAUUUUCCCUUGACAUACCCAACACCCCCCUUGGAAAAUACACCCGUUCCCCUUGAGUUCUGAACAGUGUGACUUCAAUUGCGGUUUCUCAUAUAGAACAAAGACAGAGAGAUCUAUUCCGUGAUUCAAUGGAUUCAAGCUCGUCAUCCUUCCCUAGUUCUUCUAUUUCUUCUACGAACCAAUGGACGUAUGAUGUCUUCCUGAGUUUCAAUGGUGAGGACACCCGCCACAAUGCUACCGACUUUCUACAUUUUGCUUUAAAACAGAAGGGCAUUUACACUUUUAAGGACGAUCAAAAACUUGAGAGAGGAAAAAAUAUUGAACUAGAGCUCUUUAAAGCAAUAAAAGAAUCCAGAUUUGCAGUGGUCAUUCUCUCAAAAAAUUAUGCAUCUUCAACUUGGUGCUUAAAUGAACUAGUAGAGAUCAUUAACUGUGAGAAAAAAACAGGAAUGACAGUUGUGCCUAUUUUUUACAACGUGGAUCCAUCUGAUGUGCGAAAACAAAUGGGAACUUUUGCACCAGCCUUCGUUCAACAUGAAAAGCAAUUCAAGGAAAAAGUGGGCACAUGGAGAGCUACUUUGAGUCAUGUGGCCAAUAUUGCUGGAUUUCAUGUAAAUAAUAGCCCUUUCUCAGAAACUAUCGAAAGCAUUGUGAGACUGAUAUUACAUAAAUCGAGUUAUGAAUUCGCAGAAGUUACUGAGGGCUUGGUAGGAAUGGACUCUCGAGUGGUGGAAUUGGAGUCAUGUUUAGCUUUAUGGUUAAAGGAUAAUGUUCGCUUCAUAGGGAUUUGGGCAAUGGGGGGAAUGGGCAAGACAACCCUUGCUAGUGUUGCCUAUCAGAUGUUUUCUAAAGAAUUUGAAGCUAGUUGUUUUAUUGAUAAUGUUAGGCAAAAAGAUGUACUUUCACUACAAAAAGAACUUAUUUCUCAAAUUUUGAAUGAAGCAAAUUUGAAUAUAAAAAAUAGAUUUGACGGAGUUUCCAUGAUCAAGAAAAUAUUAUGUCAUAAAAAAACUCUUCUUGUUCUUGAUGAUGUAAAUGAAUUUGACCAGUUAAAAAUGCUAGCUUGGAAGCAUGAUUGGUUUGGUUUGGGCAGUAGAAUUAUCAUAACAACAAGAGAUAAACGCUUGUUACAGGAAUAUUUAGUAGACAAAAUAUGUGAAGUUAAAGCAUUUAAUUAUGAAGAUGCUCGAUAUCUUUUUUGUUUGAAAGCUUUUAAAAAAAAACAUGUCCCUAAUGAAUAUUUAGGACUGUCCCAAGAUAUUUUAAAAUAUGCUGGUGGUCUUCCUUUAGCUCUUGACAUUUUGGGUUCUUUUUUGUCUGGAAGAAGUAUGUCUCAAUGGAAAAAUGCAUUAGAGAUGCUCAAAGAAAGUCCUGAAACAAAGAUUAAUCAAGUACUAAAAAUAAGUUUUGAUGGACUUCAUGAAUCAGUGAAAGAACUAUUCUUAGAUAUUGCAUGCUUCUUUAAUCGUGAGGUGAAAGAUCAUGCGAUACAUAUACUAGAAAUUCUUGGCCGCUAUCCUUGUAUUGGAUUAAGCAUUCUCAUUGAGAAAUCUCUCUUGAAAAUUUCUCAAAAUAAUAAAUUAUGGAUGCAUGAUUUACUAGAAGAUAUGGGUAGAAGCAUAGUUCGCCAAAAGUACCCUGAUGAGCCUGGGAAGUGCAGUAGACUAUGGCUUUAUAAGGAUAUUGAUCAUGUGUUGAGAAACAAUAUGGUAAGAGGUUAUUUACUUGAGCUCAUACCAUAUCUUCUUAUUCAGCAAAGUUGA